GGUUUGGACCAUGGGGAAUUUCUUACUUUCCCUAGGUAUUGCCUGUUGCAUCGUCCUGGUACCAAGCAGUCCUUGUCCUGCCAGUUGUCGUUGUAUAACUCACAGUGCUCAUCCUUCUGCUGAUUGUUCUUAUAGGGAGCUGCAGUUUGUACCAUUAAAUCUCCCUUCCAACCUAACCCAACUCAGCCUCUCUGCUAACAACAUCAGUGCACUUAACACAACUUCAUUUUACAACAUCUUGGGUGUCACCUCCUUAUGGCUGGCGUAUAACCAGAUUACUAAUAUAGAGAAGGGUACUUUCAGACAGCUGGUGAGGUUGACAAAUCUGGAUCUCAGCCAUAAUCGGCUCAUAGAUUUCCCUUGGAAUGAUCUUUCCAAACUUCAAAAUCUUCAUGUCCUCAACCUAAACAACAAUCAACUGGUGACUGUCCCAAAAGGCACCUUCAAAAAUUCCCAAAAACUUAGAUCAUUUCAGAUCAGCAGCAACAAAAUCUCCGACAUUUUUGAGGAAACCUUUGACCCACUUAUCUCACUGUCUCACCUUCAGAUUCACAGUAACCUCUUCAACUGCACCUGCUCCUUGGAAUGGUUGAAGGGUUGGUUGGUGAGGACGAGUGUUACCAUUGAUAAAAGGAGUGAGAUAUUUUGUUCAUAUCCAAAACAUCUUAAAGGAGUAUUAAUAAAUCAAAUCCCUGAUAUGAAGUGCAGAAGACCCCUGGAUUUGCAGGCUUUUAACACUUUAAUGAGUAAGGAAUUGUUGAUUUGCCAUAGAUUUGGAAACAAUAAUUUGAUGAUCCAAAUGGAUACUAAGGCCUCUAAAAACUUUAUGAAGGAAGAGAUCACAAACAAAGGAAAAAUGUCCCCCAUCCGACAUAGCGUGAGCUACCUUUGCAGUUUCUUAAACAAUACAGAAAGAAACCAAAAUGACAUGUCCAUUUUCCUUGCAAACUACAGUGGCUCAGAAUGGGUUCAAAAAAAAGGAGAGAAGUUUUUGCUUGUUAUGGUGCCAGACACAAGCAGCUCAGAAGUAAACAAAGCACCCCUUUCUCUUGCAUCAUACAUACUGUAUUUGUUUCCUCAGAUAAUGGUAUGGGAGCUGGUUCUUCAGUAUCAUUAAAUAGCAGUACAAGAUUUAAAGGGAUACUGAACCCAAUUUUUUUCUUUCAGGGUUCCG